AUGUUUCGAUUUCACAAACCCCUCGACAUAAUCACGCUCUUCCACAAGGCCAGCUCCCCGGUCUCGGUCCGCGUGGCGGCCGCCCUGCGGCAGGCGUCGGCGGCGGCGUCGGAGACGGCCACCGAGGACCAGGCCAGCGACCACUCGGCGCAGUCCCGCGCCGUGCGCCGCCCCGAGUUCAAGCUCGACAUCACCGAGGCCCCGCCCACCGCCGACCAGCUCCGCACCAUCCUGGACUAUGUCGGCAAGGCGAGGGUCGGGUCCAUCGUGAAGGGGGCGUCCGACCAGGAGGAGGCGCUGAGGCGGUUUGCGGAGAAUGUCGAGAGCUUGCAGAGGCCGGUGGCUGUUGACUGGAACAAUGGGAAAGUGGCGGCUGGAGAGAAUGAGUCGGAGAUUCUGAAGAUGCUCAACGAUUUGACCAAAUGA